AUGGACCAACCUUGCCGCGGAUGGAUUCCUGAUGGGAGGUCGAUUGAGGAAGCCUGCCCGGUAGCAGGGUCCACCACCAAAACCUUCUCAGCAUUGCGAGGUGCCGCCACUGCUCUGCCAUUCACUGCACAAAUGGACUCAAAUUUCCAACCUUGCUCCGGAUUGAUUCCUGAUGGGAGGUCGAUUGAGGAAGCCUGCCCAGUAGCAGGGUCCACCACCAAAAUCUUCUCAGCAUUGCGAGGUGCCGCCACUGCCUUGCCAUUCACUCCACAAAUGGACGCAAACUUCAGACCUUGCGGCCGACUGAUUCCUGAUGGGAGGUCAAUGGCGGUCACAAAGCUUUGUCCCAUGGGUUGCUAG